GUGGAUGAACCGCUGAACACAACACAAUGCGCGAGCCGGCUGCAAAGAGACGGAGGCUUAGUCCUAGCGAUGACGAAUCUGAGCAAGACUCGUUUGCCUCGUUUUCGGAAGACGAUGUAGAGAUUGGCGAGGUUACACAGCCCGAUCACGACUCGGGCGAGGAGAAUGUGAAGGACAGUGGAAGCGGAAGCGAAGUUGAUGACGAUGAUGACGGCGAGGAUGGAGCAUCGGUGGAAAAAUCGAUGAAUCCAUCGAAGGCAAAAGCGGAAACGAGACCUACCCCCCAGCGGCGACCGUAUGGAGAGCUAAGCGCCGCUGUCGCUUUGACGGGCGAAACUUACAAGUCAAACAUCUUCAAGCUACAGGUCGACGACCUUUUACAAGAAGUGCGACCGAAGUACACACCAAAGGAUAAAGCUAUCGAACGGGCGCUCCGAAAACUAAAGAGCAUAAUUGAGAACAUUCCGGAGAGAUCACCCACCUGGAUCAUGGAGGCAGAGGGUGCGUUGCGAAAGCGAGACAAUGUUGCUGUCCCCUUCCCUGAACCGCGGCCGCCGAAAGAUGCACAGUAUAAGCUACAGUACGCAAAGCCGGCAUACAUUAAUGCUGUUGGGAGCUUCCCACUCAGUUUGGGUACAAAGUCUGGCUCUGAGAUUGUCAUUGAUCUGGUCAUCACCAUGCCAAGCAACAUUUUCCAGGAAAAAGACUACCUCAACUAUCGCUACUUUUAUAAGAGGGCAUAUUAUCUGGCCUGUUUGGCAGCCGGUAUCAAGGAUAACCGCGAGGACAAGUACAAGCUCAGUUUUGAUCAUCUGCAUGGCAAUCAAUUGCUCCCAAUUCUAAUUGUGGAAAUAAAUCAAGAAACACAUCCCAGUCACGACUUGCCAUGCAGAACAUUCAAAGUUGUUAUUCUGCCAUCGGUAUCAGAAGAUCUUUUCUCUCGAGACAAACUGUUGCCCAACAGGAACUGCGUACGACCAAAAGACAACGAAGAGUCAGCAAGUGCACAGAAGACACUCGCGCCAACCCCAUUCUAUAAUGCUUCGAUUCGAGUGGAUGGACUUGUUUCAUCGUUUUUGAAGCUCCAGUAUCAAGCAACGAAAAAAUGUGACGCUUACAAAGACGCAUGUGUGCUCGGCCGCAUCUGGCUGCGCCAACGAGGUUUCACAGCACGCAUACGAGGCGGCGGUUUCGGUAACUUCGAAUGGUCAGCUCUUAUCGCUCUCUUACUUCACGGCGGUGGCCCUAACGGCAUGCCGGCCUUUUCUUCAGGCUACAGCAGUUAUCAGCUCUUCAAAGCAGCGUUGCAAUAUGUUGCAACACGCGACCUGGCAAAAACGCCACAAAUAUUUGGGGGCAAAAAGCCUGAACUGCCGAAGGUGGAGGGAAUGCCGGUUCUGUUCGAUGCGGAACGUGGUCUGAACAUCUUGUUCAAGAUGACACCCUGGUCGUACAAACUGCUGCAGUACGAGGCGCGAACAACAGUCGCCAUGCUGAGUGAUUCGAAUUUCGAUCACUUCAACGAGACAUUUAUUUUGAGAGGUGAUAGACAGCACCUCCGAUACGAUGUUGUCGUUGCAUUGCCGCUUGUGAGCUUAGUCGAUGAAGGGCCAGGUUUUACUUCUGAUCUUAUCAAAGAAAAAUGUCUUGCGAUGUACAACAAUCUGGCGGAAGGUCUUUCAGAUCGAGUCAAAUUGAUAAAUUUGAUAAUGCCAGAGGAUGAGACUUGGCCGAUUGGCUCGAGGGCCGCUGGUACCAGGAAAGGCGCUGUGCUCCUUGGCUGCAUACUUGAUCCUGCGAACGCUCAUCGUCUGAUUGACCAUGGUCCAACUGCGGAGGAUAAAAUUGCUGCAGCGAAAUUUCGCAAGUUUUGGGGUCAAAAGGCAGAGCUGCGCCGUUUCAGAGACGGCAGUAUUCUCGAGACUGUCAUUUGGCCUGCGAAGGACGAAACUGGCUUCUCAGUCUUCCGCCGCGUACUAUCUUACAUCAUCGAAAAGCAUGUGAGUGCGAGUGCUCUGAAAGGCAUGAUAUACAACGGCGAUGCAGAUGCUGCGUUGCUUCCGCACGCCGCCGGUUCCAAGUCUGCAAGUACCUCACCCUUUCAACCUAUGAUGGAAGCAUUCAGACAAUUUGAACAAGACCUGAGAGCCCUCGACGAUAUCCCUCUUCAGAUACGCCAUCUCUUGGCAAGCGACUCUUACCUCUCCUAUUCUUCCGUUGACGUUCCGCUGCUCCCCCAUCGAACUAUGACCCGUCCCGCAGAGGUCAUCCUGCAGUUUGAGGGCUCAGCCCGUUGGCCGGACGACCUCGACGCUAUUCAACGUACCAAAAUGGCCUUCUUCCUUAAGAUUGCGGAACUCCUUGAAAGAAGCUCUGAAGCAAUCCGUGCACGUGUUGGGAUUGAGAAUGAGGAUGCGCCAUUACUGAAUCAAAGUUUUCUGGAUGUGCAUUAUAUCGGCGAUCCGUCCAGCAAGAUGUUUGGUGCUGCAUUUAGGAUACGGAUUCACCACGAUCGAGAAUUGACAUUGUUGGAGAGACGACUAAAAGACAAGACAUUAUCCAAUCUCGAGAGACAGGACGUCGCGUCUGCGAUUGCAGCUUACAAGCGUGUGUUCAUAAAGGAGCCGGCGCAUACGCAGGCUCUGCAAACCCUGGCUACACGCUACCCAGCUUUUUCAGGAACGGCCCGUCUACUUACGAAAUGGAUCGGCUCACACAGACUCUCAAAUCAUAUUUCUCCUUACCUCACAACCUUGUUCGCAGCCAAGGCCUUCACAAACCCACACCCCUGGGCCGCUGCGUCUAGUCCACAAACAGGACUUUAUCGCACGCUACUUUUUCUGAGCAAAUGGGACUGGCGCAGUGAGCCUUGGAUUGUUGAUCUCGGCUCUGAAAUGCACAGCCAGGAGGUUGAUUCAAUACGCACUCGCUUCGACGCCUGGCGCAAGAUCGAUCCUGCGAUGAACAGAGUCAUACUAUUCGCGGGAAGUAAUGUGGAUGGCGAAGGCAAUACGUGGACGGAUAACGCACGACCUGCGAAAGUGGUUGCGGGGCGACUGGUCAGCCUGGCGAAAGCGGCAAUUGAUCUUCUCAACGAAGAGGGAGUGAAUCUCGUCCCAGAGGCUCUGUUCGAGAGCAGUCUAGGAGAUUACGACAUCCUCAUUCACCUCGAUAAUACUGUCGUAAACGUGCAUCGAAAAGGCGUGAAGGCGAAGUCGGCAUAUAAAAAUCUGGAUUUGCAAAAUGGCCACGACGGGGACCUUGAUAUGGCCGCCACAGCGUCGAUAGGCUUCGACCCUGCGAAACUCUUUCUUGAGGACCUGGAGCGCGUGUUUGGGCAAGCGCUCGUAUUCUUCUACGAUGACAAUGGUGGGGAUGUCAUUCCUGGGCUGUGGAAUCCCAGCUGCGAGGAGAGGAGUUGGAAGCUGAGUCUGGGGUACAGCUCUGUGCCUGUGCGCAGCAGUUCCGCUGACACGUUUAGCGCAAAAUUAAACAAGGAGGGAAUUGUCAGUGAGAUCGCUAUGUUGGGAGGGGGAAUGGUAAAGAGAAUCGAUAUCCAGCAUAAGUAGACGAUGGUCAUAUACCCAGGUGUACGCUUAAGGAACAAAAGAAGCACAUUCGCAUUUGUAUGCGUUGCUGCAAACUGAAUGUACGCCAUGUGUCAGUAUGCGCAGCCCAGUUGGUUUAUAUACAUGAUCC